GAUCGCAAUCCCUCUUCUAGACUGAUGAUGCUUCCCCGUUGAUCCGCGGAUUUCCCCUGCAGUGGCGGUUGGGUUUGAGGUAUCUAAAUGGCGCCAUGUUCGCAUCGCUGUGCUCUGCAGACAGGGCUGGUACACAGUCUGUCUGUCUUUGCGGGACAUUGACGUUGACUUUCCUGUCAAUAUUUUUCUUUCUCUUUAUUUCCUUUGUGGAAGUUCACUCAGCCAGACUGAGUCCAUUCUUCCGCCGCCAUGCCAGGAGGGCUGCAUCCGCCAUUAUCGGUGAUCGAGUCAUGGCCAGCACCCAACACCGUCAACCCCGACUCGCAUGGCCCGGCCGCCAUUGUGGUCGCUGCGGUCUUCGGCGGGAUUGCAAUCGUGACGGUGAUGGUGCGGCUGUACGCACGGUGUAUUAUUCAGCACCAGGGCGGCAUCGAUGACAUCCUGAUUGCGCUGGCGCUGCUACCGACCCUCGGCCUCAUCAUCGCCGUUCCGAUAGCCAGCGAAGUCUAUGGUGAAAAGCACCACUCGUGGGACAACAGCCUCGCGGAUCUGAUCGGCGAGCGCAAAGUGGCGGCGGCCUCAGAGCUGUUCUACGUGCUGGCGUCGGGGCUGAUCAAGACCUCGGUGCUGCUGUUCUACCGGCGCAUGAGCCAGCGGACGGUGUCGCCACGGUUCCGCGCGCUGAUCUGGGUCAGCAUCGGCUCGGUGGUGGCCUACAGCGUGGCGUUCGUGCUGGCGCUCUUCCUCUCUUGCCGGCCUCUGCGCGCGUUCUGGCGCCAGGUCGACCCGACCUGGGCGCUGACGCACCACUACAGCUGCUACGACGAGGGUGCGCACCUGAUCGCGGCGACCUCGAUCAGCCUCGCGCAGGACCUGCUGGCCACGACCCUGCCCGCGGUGUUCUGCAUCCGCCUGCACAUGCGCCGCCGCCAGAAGGUGGCGCUCACGGCCGUCUUCUCGGUCGGAUAUCUCACGGCGGUCGUCGCGGGGAUCCGCAUCUACUUCCUGUGGCGCAUGUUCUACGCCACGUACGACGGGUCCUGGAUGGCCUGGUACUGCUGGGUGCUGGCCCUGCUGGAGGUGGCCCUUGCGGCGACCUCGGCCAGCUUGCCGGCCGUCAAGGUGUUCUUCCGGUGGUACCAGGUACCCUCCAGCCUGGCGGGAAAGCUGCGGUCGUUGAAGUUGAGUCACAGCCACAGUACGCGGACGGCGACGGGCCAGUCCGGUUCGCACGGGGGACACAAUCGGGAGCGGGAGCGCGGUCGGCAGUCUGGCGAUACGGACCAGUAUUUGGUGACGACGGAGACUUCGGGGGAUGAGCAUCCCAGAAUGGUGGAGUUGGAGGCGUUAUCGUCGCCGUCCGGUGAGGGGGAGGAGCGGGAGCUGAGCAAGGGGACGGCGGAGAAGAGCUGGCAGUGCGAUCGGGAUGCCAUUGUUUGAUUGCCCUGUAGGUUGUGACAUGUACAUACCAUCAAUAAAGCGAGUUCAUGAGCA